AUGAGCUCCCGGGCCGCCCCAAUCUCCAAUUGCCCUGGCAACCAUCAGCACCAGCGGCAGGACUAUUUCCAGCAGACCAGCAAACCCCAGAAUCGCUCGCGCGAAAACUCCCCUUCCCCUUCCACUGAAUCAGGCAGCUCCCGCCGCCCUUCCUUCGGCUCCAUCAAAGAGGAUUCCACCGAAAUCGCCCAAUCUUUUGUAGAUACCGAGGAAAUUACCCCCAGCGAACACUUACCAAAUCCCAGCAACACGGCUGUCCAGUCUCGAACUCUUGCCCCCCCCCCGGAUCACCUCGAAUUCUGCUGUCCAUGUGGUGCCUUUCUGGGAUGGAAGCAGAUCCCCUUGGGUGGGCGGAGGCUGAGCAGGAGCUACAGUGACCUGCGCUUACUGGGGAAUGCGAAGUCGAGGGGUUUUGCGUGGGAGGACAAGGAUAUCAACAAUCGCAUCUGCACUGUUCUGGAGGAGCCUAAGAAAUCUACUUUAAAGAAGGGGAAUGCUCCUAUCGAAUUGCUCCCUUCUGAGAUACUAGAUCAAAUCAUCUCGUAUCUAGCUCUUGAUAUCCCCCCCAAUGGCUACACGCCACGGAAUGUUGAUCUCAUUUCCUGUCUGCUGACGUCUCGAACGCUCCAUUCCGCCACGCUGAGUGUUCUCUAUCGAAAUAUCACCAUCCCACACUCGGUCAUCUUCUCAAAGGCCCUUGACCACAUCCGACAAUAUCCCGCUCUGGGCACCAUUGUCCGGCGGCUGGACUUUUCCCACUUUACUUCUGUUGGGUUGGGACGCACACAGCAGAUGAAUACGGAGAUUCAAAACCUCACAUCCAAGACCCUCCUUGAAUGCCUGGAGCUUCUGAAGAACCUGAAGGAGUGUCUGCUGCAAGAGCAUCUGGAAGAUGAUGUGAAUGGGGACGUCAUUCGGAAAUUGCUCUCGAGAACCCCUUCUCUCCGCGCUGUUGAUUUCUGCGGCUGUUCUUCUUCCACCUUCUCAGACGGGUUUCUGAGCGCCGUGACCGAAGACCCAAACUUUCCCGAAACCCUUCCCAUGCUCCGUCGGGUAUCUCUGCACGAAUGCAGCGGCCUUAGCCCCCGCGUCUUUGAGGCUCUCCUUCCACGUCUAGUCAACUUGACCCAUCUCGACGUCUGUCACACUCAAAUCACGAACUCCGCACUGAUGUCCAUCCCACAUAGUGCCCGCAUUACCCACCUGAAUAUUUCGCGCUGCACCAAGCUCACGGGUCCGGAGGUGGUGGAACUCCUAACCACCCACCCAGCUGUGAUGGGUUCGCUCAUCUACCUGAAUGUCAUGACUGAUACAGCUAGGCACCAACUCCUGGACGAGGCGGAUGUCGACGCGCUCCUACCCAGCCUCACUCUCAUUCCAUCCCUGCGCUCUGUAAACCUAGGAGGCGCCAAAGUGAGAUCAAGCAAUAUGUCAGCCCUAGUCGAGCUGUCCAAAUAUGUCGAGGAACUAGGUCUCAAUUCCGCAAACUUGACCGUCAGCGAUAUCAACUUGUUCUUCGCCCCGCCUCCAUCGCCUAAUAACGAGCAAGACCACCACUCCCGCAACAGCACAACCACCCAGUCAGAAAAAACCUCUACUUCCCGUAUCCACCGCCAAUGGAUCCCCUCCCAACUCCGCUAUCUAGACCUCACAAAGAACCCCCACAUAAACCAAGCAGCCCUCUUCAACCCGAAAGCCUGCCUCCUCGUCACCCCGCACAGCUCCCCACUCGACGUCAUCGAGCUCAGCGAGAAAAUCAUCUCCCCGCUGCGCCAGCGGAGCCGCGCCAGCAAGUAUGGGAACGGCUGGUUGGUGCGGGAUCUGGGGCGGCGGGGGUGGUAUGUGCGCGAGCCGAUGGCGGGCGCAAAUGGGAAGUCGGAUGGGAGGGCCGGUAAGGUGCAUGCGGAUGAUGGGAGGAGGUCGUGGAAGAUGGGGGCUAGGUGGUGGGGGAUGAGGAAGGUGCCGGUUGCGGUUGGGGACGUUGGGGGGUUGUAUGGGCAUUAUAUGUUCAAGAAGUGA